UUCCAUUCCAUCUCAAAUUCCGAGUCGUCUCGUCCCCUUCCCCCUCCCCCUCCCCCUCCCCUCGCCCUCCAACCCCGCCGCCACCGCCACCGCCACCGCGCCGCACCCUCGCCAUGAUGCUACGCUCUCCGUCGGCGGCGUUCCAGUCCCACCCCAGCGAUCUGGAGCUCGUCGACUCCUACCUCCGCACCUGGGUCGAGACGGGCGCCAAGACCGGCGCGUUCAUCCACGACGCCGACGUGUACGCCGCCGACCCCGCCGACCUCACACGGCAGUUUCCGCCGGCGGUGGCCUGCGACGGUGAGCGGGCGUGGUACUUCUACACGCCGCUGCGCCACAAGAGCCUCCACGGGAAGCGGAAGACGCGCACCGUGGCCACCGGCAGCGGGUGCUGGCACAACGAGGCGAAAUCGAAGCCCGUGUACAUGGUCACCAACGGCAACCAGCACCAGAUUGGGCACCGCCAGAGCUUCUCCUUCGUCAAGAAGGACACCGGCGUGCGGGUCCGCACGGGGUGGCUCAUGAUAGAGCUCCGCCUCCUCAAAGACGGCGAGAAACCGGAGGCGGAGGAUAGCGCCCUCGGAAAUCGCGUCCUGUGCAAGGUGUACCGCAGCCCGCGCAACCCAGAGCCAAGCGGCAGCGGGGCCACGGCUUCGGCUUCGGCGGCGGCGGCGGCGGCGCCCGGGCACAAGGCGGAGGCCGACGACGACGACGACGAAUCUAGCGACGCCACGUUGGAUGACAACGACUACUACUACGACGACGACAGCUCCAACGCGUCGCUAGACGCGGCGUCUGGACCCAAGAAGAGGAGAGCCGACGACGUGGAAUCCAGCGAAGGGACGGUGGCGGCGCCGAGUCGCCAUAGCAAAGCGAACGACGAGAUCUCCGGCGGGGCCGCGGCGGCGCCCGGACGCAAGGAGAAGGAGGAGAUCAACGAGGACUCCGUCGAGACGUCCGCGGCGGCGCCUCCACGCAAGAGGAAGGCCUUGGACGACGAGAGCUCCGACGCGGCGCGGGCGCGCAAGAAAAAGGCCGACGGCAGCAGCUCCCCUGGCGCUGCUCCAGUUUCUGCGACGGAAAUGCAGUGCCCUCAGUGCGGCACCCAUCUGGUGGUCACUCUGAAAAAGGCCGAGUCCAAAUCGGAGACCGCGAUCGCCAAGGACGAGUCGGCGUCCGGUACUCCGCCGCGAGGCCAGACGCGUGGUUCUUCACAGAAGAAUGUUCGGUUCCUUCAGUUCCUGUGAGUUCCAGGGCUUCUCCCCCGACAAAUCCUGGAAACAGAGCCAUGGAUUUGGAGUAAUCUGAUGGCAGGGGUAAAGAACUCAUUUCUUGUGUAUUUGUCGGAAGAAGGCAUUACGAGGUUUGGGGGUUAAUAAUUAGGGUAGUUUCGUGGUUUAGUUUAGGAGUGGUUCUCUCUUCAUCUUUGAAAAGGAAUGCAGGAAGCAGAGUGUGAUACUGCUUGCUACCUGACCGGACCUUCGUCAGAAUAUAGUGCACCAAAUGUUCAGAGCAACGAUUCUACACGAUCUGAACGAUCCCAUUGCGGACAUGUAGAAAUGCACGUCUCAGAAACCCAUGAAACGACGCUGAAACUUGAAAAUUCCGAGAUGCUUGCUUCAGCCUUCAAAACAGUUCCGUAUUUGUGAAGUACCGUGUUGUUCAUUGCAACUCUUGAGAAGAGAACGCCUGAAGCAUCAAUGUACCAUAAGCAGUCAAUACUAGAGAUUUA